GGGCGGUGGCCGAUCCAGGGCGGGGGUCGGCGGCCCGGCCAGCCCGGCCCGGCCCGGCCCGGGGCCGCGUCCCAAGCGUCCGCCCUCGCCGCUGCAGGCUCGGUGCCCGGCCGGCCGGCCAUGGAGGCCACGCGCCCCCCGGCGCCCGGUCCUGGCUACGGGCGCCCCUCGCUCCGCGCCGCCGGCCGGGACCCUACGGCCGCACCCGUGUCGGUGCCCGCGCCGCCGCAGGGCCCCGCCUCGGAGUUCGCGCUGCCGCAGGAGCCGAAGCCGCGGGCCGCGGACCUCGGGGCCCCGGGGGCGGGAGCGGGGACGGCGGGGCCCCCGGCGCCGUCGGCGCACAUCCCGGUGCCAGCGCAUAGAGCCCCCCCAGGAAAAGCCCGGCCGGACGAGGUCAUGGCCGCUGCAGCCCUGACAAGCCUGUCUACCUGCCCUCUCCUGCUAGGAUCCCCGGCUGUAGCCUUCAGCACAGAGCCCGGCCUGGAGCCCUGGAAGGAGGCGCUGGCGCGGCCGCUGGGCAGCAGCAGCAGCAGCAGCAGCAGCGGCGGCGGGGACUGGGGCUGGGACCUGGCCAGCGACCAGUCCUCUCCAUCCACCCCAUCGCCCCCACUGCCCCCUGAGGCAGCCCACUUCCUGUUUGGGGAGCCUGCUCUGAGGAAGAGGAAGGUGAGCGGGGAGCAGCCCUCGGGCCCGGAGGACACAGGGGUGGAGCCUGACCCCGGCCCUUGUCGCCCAGAGCUCGCUGCAGGUCCUGUUCCAGUGUCUGUGGAAGCGCUGCGGGAAGGUGCUGAGCACGGCCUCCGGGAUGCAGAGACACAUCCGCCUGGUGCACCUGGGGCGGCAGGCCGAGCCGGAGCAGAGCGAUGGCGAGGAGGACUUCUACUACACGGAGCUGGACGUGGGUGUGGACUCGCUGACCGCGGGGCUGUCCAGCCUGAGCCCGGUGUCACCCAGCACCUGUGUGCCACCCGCCUUCCCCUGCCUGGCGCUGCCGGAGCCCCCCGCCCUGCCCCGCCUGCUGCGCCCGCUGGCCCUGCCCCCACCCCCGGUGCUCAGCGCCUCGGCGCCCCCCCAGGGCUGCCUGGCACCCGCCCACCUGGAGCCACGGCCGACCACAGUCAGGGCCUGCGCGCCAGCCCUGCCCGCCAAGCUUGGUCCCACCCCGAGGAAGCCCCGAGGGGAUGCCAAGAAGUGCCGGAAGGUGUAUGGCAUGGAGCGCCGGGACCUCUGGUGCAGGGCCUGCCGCUGGAAGAAGGCCUGCCGGCGCUUCCUGGACUGAGCCCGCCGCCUGCCCGGGGCCUCGCCCACUUGCAGACUCUUCUCUUGGAUGGGGGUCCCCACCACUCAAAGUGCCUCUGAAGAAACCAGCCUUUUGCACUAAAGCCAAACCUCACUGCUGUCCCCUUGGCCUGGGGUCCCCAGGGGUGGCCGCCCCCGCCUGUUGGCCCCGGACUUGUCAGGGGUGUGAUGGGCCCCGCUUUGGGGCCACAAGGGGUUGUCCUCGAUGCACUUUGAGGGGCGUCAGGGAGGGGCACCCCCGCCUGACAUUUGAGGCCGGGGUGGCAUUCGUACCGCGUUUGCGAAGCUCAGGUGUCUCACGUCUGGGCUGAACCAGGCGAGGAGUAAAAUUAAAGAUUUGGGGUUUUUCCAAAA